GUUACACAGUGGAUAUACAAUUAUUGAGUAAGUAGUUGUGUAUUUAUAUUGUUUUGUUAUUGCACUAAACAUGGUUUGUACAUGAAACAAUAACAGUUAACGCUUAAAAAAUCACUCACAGAAGAAUGCUUUAUGACAUUAACAAACUUAAAUCCGAUAAGCGCAUGAAAUCUUAAACACAGAGUUGCAGCUAAAGGGUGGGGGGGGGGACAGAUGGGGGAUGGAUGUCCAAAUGUGCCAGACUAAUUAAGGGCGCCAAAAUGUUCUUUGAUUUUAUUUUAUUGAUGAAAAUAUUGUGUUUGAGAAUUGAAAAAAAAGGGCGGCUAUUUAACUUUAAUCUUGUCCCCAGGCGCCAAAAAAUCUAGUGACGCCUCUGCUCAAACAUAUAAAAACAUGUACUUUUUUUUUUUUAAUCGUGAAUGUAUCCUUGUUUUUUAAAGUAUUGAUUUUUUUUUAAUAUUAAAAUUACAAAUUUCAAUCAACUUUUUAUACACCCAAUAAGUUAUUAUUAUCAUUUGUAGGGUUUUAUUAUAUAAAUUGUGAUGGUUGGUAAGGGAUACAAUCAAUUAAAAUGUUAAAUUAUUGCAGCUUUAAAAAUCAAUAUGUCUGAUUCCUUAUUGGUACGAAUAUUUAUUUAUUUGAGAUUAUUAUAAUUGUUAUUAUUAUUUUUUUUAAAUUGUUUUUUUAGUAGAAGGUACUGAAUACGAUGACACAACCAAUGAUGAAUUUCGAACAUUUUCAAGGCAAUCAAGCUCCAGUAAAGAAAUCACAACCAAGACUAUAUCAAACUAUUCAAAGCCAUCAAAGUACUUUAUAGCCAGCACCACCUCUCAGCCUAAUCACACCAGCUUAGACCAAACAGUUUCCCAAACAACCUCUGGCCUCGGCCAGAGUUCAGAAAACACAAGCAACGAGUCCACGCAGUUGAUUAUCAACGUGGUUCUCUUCGUGACACUGUUGAUUGUCGUGUCCGUGAUAGUUGUUUACUUAGUGCGCAGACGAGUGCGAAGAAAAAGUCGUCUACGUCAACAGGAAGAUCAUUACAAUGUCGUGGCCCCUCUUUCUCGUCACAGGGGUGAGUCACGUGACAUCAUUGUUUUAUAAAGUUAUCCGGCGACCAAUAACAUAAGUGUGUAAAAAGUAAUUUUGUUAAUGCAUUAUAGCUGGUGUAAUUGGCCGAUGUAUAUAUGUCUCUAACGAGGUUUGGGUUCAGUAAUAAUGGGUACGCCGAUGAAUAUGGGAAUGCAGGCCAGGGUUGGCUUCACUAAUCGUUGGUAAGCAGAUAUAUGUUAUCAAAUAAACAUUAAACGUUCCUAAAAUCAACACAUCCAACGGACUUUUGGGGUUCCAUUUAAUAUAUAUUGAUAUAUACACACAUCAAUUUCUUUUGCUUUUAGAAUAUAUAAAUUAGUUGUUUUGUUUUUUAAUUAUGCUGACUCAUAAUAUUUUAUUUUAGUUUUUAAUUGUAUUUUCUAUAAGUUAUCUGAUGAAAUAAGCAAUACAAAAUGUAUAAUUAAUAAUAAUCCACAUCUUUAAUAAUAAAUUGGCUGGUGGUUGGGCUUUAGGACUAAUGGUUACAUCCUUUUCAAAUUAGAUGAAAUAAUAUAAUCGUACUUGUGACUUAGCAUGUACAUAUUACAGAUUUGGUCUAACUAAAAAGUUACAUCUUAGAAGUAUCAAAAGCUGAAGUUUAUUUGAUGAUCUAAAUACAAUUCAUUCCAACUUUAAUUAUUAUUGUUUUAGUCGUUGUAGCGUACUGAAAUUCGAGUUGAACAUGUAUUAUUUUUACAAAUAUAUAUUUCAGACGAAGACGAACACAGUACACCGCCUUUGCCACAGUUGUCAAUACCGCAAAGACCCAUCGUGGAAGCCACUAUUUCUGAACCCUCGUCCGGCCCACCACCGUACUCCGAAAUAUUGAUUCAUGACUACAUAUCUCAGAGGCAAUCUUUUCGUCCUUUUGAAGUCCAUUACCACCUACGGGACCACAACGUCGUUGUUUAUGCAGAUGACCAUGACACUUUGGCACAUAUGUCAAGUGAAUUUUGCACUACGAGAUUAAAACAGUUGGCAUCCGUAUGUAGAUCAAAUCACAGAACAGACGAAGAUCACAUAGGGCAUAAUGUUAUACCCAAAACAGGCUAUUCGGAAAGACCCGAUGGUUCGGUUCUAGGCGCUGAAUAUUUAAAUUAUGAGCUUGAUAUCAUUGAGCCGAGACCCCUGUCAGUGUAUGAGGAAAUGAUUGAAACAUUGGUGUGA